UUCAAAUAGAAUUUGUGAGAAACUUACGUGCUCAAGCACUUUAAUCAACUCAGCAGUAUCAGAGAAUUUAUGAACGUGGCCCAUCGCGUGCUCGUGUUACCAUCUCGAAGUUAGAUUGCGUGUUAUUUCUGGCUCAACCUGGAAAGUGUAGGUGGGUCCUAACGGAUUCACCAUUUAAUCUCGGUACUCGGCUCCGGGUUUGCUUUUUAUCGGAGUUUUCUACCGUCCCGCUGGGCGACACCAUUUUAUAUGACUUUAUUACCUACAUGCGGAGAGACAUUAUCCAGAAGAAAAUCUGGGAGUUUCCACAUAGCCCUAGAGCCAGUUCGUGGCCUAGACUCAAGGUGUAUGAUUUCAUCUAAGCGGCAGGAACCUAUAAGUUACAGGACAUCAAAAUUUUCCAGUAAUCGGCACAGGAAGCUGCAGCCAUUCAGAGAAACGUGACUGCCCCUCUCUCUCGCUCUCUCCCUCCUUUCGUGCCGACGCGCUAGAACACGCCUUGAGGCGGUAACCCCACCCUGCACUAUCCCCAACACCUAAAACUGCCAGCAUUUCGUCCCAUCUGACCCCCCUGCUCGCGACUGUGUACCCAGCAAGAUGGGAAGUGUCAACGUAAACAGGAACGUGAGUGAUGCGUUCUAUCGCUACAAGAUGCCCCGGAUUAUGGCAAAAGUCGAAGGCAAGGGCAAUGGCAUCAAGACAGUCAUAGUAAAUAUGGCAGAAGUUGCAAAAGCCAUUGGACGUCCUGCAACAUAUCCAACAAAGUACUUUGGCUGUGAGUUGGGUGCCCAGACACAGUUCGAUUUCAAAAAUGACCGUUUCAUUGUGAACGGGUCACACGAUGCAGCAAAACUGCAAGACUUGUUGGAUGGCUUUAUCCGCAAGUUUGUGCUGUGUCCCAGUUGUGAGAACCCUGAAACAAUCCUGUCAGUAAGCCAGAAGAAGGGCCUGAUAAGUCAGUCGUGCAAGGCCUGCGGUUUCCAUGGGCCCUUGGAGUUCAACCACAAGCUGAACACGUUCAUUCUGAAGAAUCCUCCGAACCUGAACCCUGCUGCGCAAGGCUCAUCACUUACAGAAGGCAAACGAGGAAAACGUGGUAAGAAGGGUGCCACAAAUGGUGAGACGAAUGGUGAGAAUCGUUUGUCUGAUGAUGGUGGAGACCUGCCUCUGGAAGCACCAGAAAAGCAUGCCCAAGAAAACGAAGAGGAAGAAGACAACGAGCACUGGGCAGUGGACGUUUCAGAAGAGGCAGUGAGGGCACGCAUGCAAGACCUUACAGACGGUGCCAAAGGACUCACCGUGAGUGAUGACCUGGAGAAGACGGAGAAGCAGCGGAUGGACUUGCUGUAUGAGAUGGUGAAACGCAAGCGUGAUGCCGGGACACUGGAUGGAGCGGACAAAGAAAUUGUCGUCGAGGCUGACAGGUUGGAGAUUCGGUCCAAGGCACCACUCGUCUUGGCGGAGCUUCUGUUCAACCAGAACAUGCCACAGCAGAUUAAAAAACACCGCGUGCUGUUUCUUCGUUUUACCCAUGAUGAUCACAAGGCCCAGAAGUACCUCCUUGGCGGCAUUGAACAAGUCAUAGGAUUACACAAAGAUGCCCUCUUACCGAAAGUGUCUGGCAUAUUAAAGCUAUUCUAUGAUGCUGAUAUCUUGGAAGAAAAGGUUCUGUUGGAGUGGGCAGGCAAGGAAAGCAAGAAAUACGUGAGCAAAGAACUAAGCCACGAGAUCCAUGAGCGUGCAGAACCAUUCAUCCGUUGGUUGCGCGAGGCAGAAGAGGAGGAGAGUGAGAGCGAUGAGGAGGAGGAAGAUGACUUGGAGAUUGAAUACGAUGACCGUGCAAAGGCAUCACCCCUGAAGGAGCAGCCGAAACCGGUGCAGAAGCCUGUAGCUGCAGCACAAGAAUCAGAGGAGGAAGGAGAUGACCUUGAUAUUGAUGCAAUCUAAUUCGAUAACAUUUGGAAUCCUCAUUACUGUAUGGUUGCAUAGCAAAUUACGAAAAAUAUUUAAAGUGAAUAUAAAUAUACAUAGCUUUAACUGGUAAAACUUUUAUUAACACACAAUUCUUUUUCUUGUUGCUUAUUGUGCAUUUAUACACUUCAGCUCGUUAGUUGGUGAUUCCUUUUUAUUGUAAUUCAUAAGAAUAGGUUAAUUUGUCAAUAAAGAUUAUUGCAUCUUAAAACCUGUGUGGCAUUUGUAUAGUGUGAAAUAGUAAUGUAUUGUACUCCUUACUAAAUAGUACAAAUUUGCUGUUUGGAAUCAUUGAAAAGUACCACUGGAAGCUGUCCUAAGUCUUGACAGAUUUAAUAUACUUGUUUUAAAGGACAUAGUAUUUAUGGUUAACUGGCUGUAACUUUUGUGGAAAUGUACUUAAAAACUUACUGAAACAAUGUAGAAGAUUCCUUUUGGAGAAGUGUGUGUUUUCUGUUAAAGGUUCUGUACAUGAUGAAUCUGAAAUAUUUGAGGAAGAGCUCUAAGCAAAAUAAAUGUUCUGCCUGUUA